AUGCACAGAGACAUCCCACACAAUCAACGCCAGAACAAAAAGAGCUUCCCUGGUAGGGAAGGAGCCCAUUUUGAACAGGAUUUUCAAGAAGGGUCCCUCACAAUGACGACGGUAGAAGCCAAAGCUGAAGAGGAGGACAAAAAGGAAUCGGACUCGGUCUCAAAUACCGUUCCAGAGGCAGCAACCACACCAGCAUCCGAUCCAUCAAGCAGGUCAGGCUCUCCAGAACAAGAAGGCUUCUUCAAUCUGCUGACUCAUGUGCAGGGAGGACGUAUGGAUGAACAACGCUGUAACAUUCAAAUUGUACAUGGCAAGAGUGGCUCAGAUCCCGAAAACAAGGAUAGCCCUAGCCCACCCCCUGAGAUGGACAACUUCAUGAAAAUGCUGGCUCAUACACAGAGCCGACGAAUGGACGAUCAAAGGGUCAGCUUCAACUACCUUCCUGGUUUUCAGAACAGUAACACCAGCAGCCCAGCAGGCUCCGGGACCACCAAGAAAUGAGAUCCUCCCAGCCCUGCUUGGGAAAGCAGCAGAGAUACCAAUGUGAUGCCACUAAGCACGCGCUAUGCCUCUCACUCAAGAUCAUCCCUUCACUGCUGUAUCAACCUUGCACAUUUACUGUACAUGCCCUGGGAUUCUAAUAAACAUGUCCAACUGUUCCCUCCUUGUUGAUUUCCUUAGCAGAUAUCCUAGCGUCAGGAUGGGCAGGCCACUACAAGACAACACUGCUGGUGGCUUGAAGAAGAAGUUAGCUGUUUCUUGCCACGCAUAUGUAUAAUCAAAGCAAAAAUGUGGAUGACAUUGCUACUAAUUCUGUCUGCAGCUCUGGAAAUAGUGAAGAAUACAGAAGACUAAGAAUUCCGAAUCCCGCUUUCUCCCUCAGGAGACAAAGUUCUUGCUGCUGGACUAAAUAAUUGGACCCAAAUUCCAUCAAAAAGAAAAUGACACUACUAUUCUAACAUUAUUCAUGCUUCAGUUUCACGUCAUAGCUUAGAAAACAAAUAAAUUAAUCCCAGUAAGCCCUCUUGAAUUCCCAAUUUAAAUUCCCUGUACUAGAUACUAGAUGGAACUAGAUGUACUAGAUGGAAAAUUUUCAUUUGAUGGAAAAGAACCAGAAAGGCUGUUGAAAGAAUUAGCACAUAAAGGACACACUUACCCAUAUAAUCCUUCUCUAGGUGUCUAUAGAAGAGCCCUCAUAGAGCAGUGGUUAAAAUGCAGGAUUGCAGGCUAACUCUGCCGACUUGCCAGGAGUUUGAUCCUGACCGGCUUAAGGUUUACCUUCCAUCCUUCCAAGGUCGAUAAAAUGAGGACCCAGACUGCUGGGGGAAAUACGCUAAUUCUGUAAACCGCUUAGAGAGGGCUGUAAAGCACUGUGAAUCGGUAUAUAGGUAAGUGCUAUUACUAUCUGCAAGGGCAUAAGUGGGCAAAAAUGACUACAUGCACAUUGCAAAGUAAUCUCAGCCUGCAACACCCUUACAUGUGACACCGUGAGGCAGGUAUGAAAGGAAAAAACUACUAGGUCUCAAUGCAAGUUUCAUUAAUUGGACUUGUGUCUUGGAACAAACAUUUAUAACUCCUUUCCACAUGAAAUCUGCAUACAUUUUCAACCACAUAUAUUCAAGGAGCAUUAAAAAUAGGAAGUGCUAUGGAGCUAAAAUCCAAGCAAUAGGAGUGCUCAGAGAAGCUACUAGUUUUCCAA